AUGUCGAUUAUACAAUCAUCAAAGAAAAAAGAUCAGCUUUUGUUCGAUGGUUUUCGAUAUCGACGAGCAAACAAAAGUCAAGUAACUUGGCGAUGUGUUCGUAACAGUUGUGCUGGUCGAUUAACUGUAGACAAUAAGGAGAAUCAUAUGCAAUAUAAUAUUUUAACCGAUCAUAAUCAUGCACCUAAUCCGGAUGAAUUAAUAUCUAAACAAUUUAAGACAAAAAUCGAGGAACGCGCCGAAAUAUCGAAUGAAGCACCAAGAAAAAUUAUUCAUGAAGCAUUAUCAGAGAUUCAUCCGGAUGAUGCAUUAGCUGUACCUAAUUAUACAAGUAACGCUCGCCUUAGGGCUCGCUCAGCUCUUUCUCGUAGAAAUAUUGAUUUCAGAUGUUAUAUUUUUUAUCCAUUAUUAUGUAUAUAA